GUUGCCAUAGCGACGCGUGCAGGCUCGGGGCAAGUUCCCGGUGCGGCGCCAACGGCCCGGGAGGAGAAGGGUCGGCCGUGCUGAGAUUUUACCUUCAUGAUGUCCACCAAAACCGAUAAGAAGCGGAAAGUGAGUGGCCGGGGAGGCUCCCGGACUGGCCGCACGGGCCGAGCUGCUCCGGGUAUGGUGGCCUCAGUUGCUGAUUCUGCCCUGCCUAGUAUUGAGCAGGAGCCCGAGCCCGAGCCCACCAAAGAAGAGCUUGCAGAGCCAUCACUGGAGGAACCUGACCCACAGAAAGGCUUGGAGGCUUCGGAGAAUGUGAAACCCCUGUUCCUCUCUCGAGCUGUGCUGACGGGACUGGCCGACGCUGUGUGGACAGAGGAGCAUGAUGCGGUUCUGGAUCACUUUGCCCAAGACCCCAAGGAAUCCAUUCUCACCAUCUUCAUUGACCCUUGCUAUGGGCUGAAGCUGGAGCUGGGCAUGCCUGUGCAGACCCAGAAUCAGCUCGUCUACUUUAUUCGCCAAGCACCUGUUCCCAUCACCCCCGAGAACUUUGAGGACACUGUGCAAUUUGGCACAGUGCGGGGCUCCUACAUCCCAGCUCUGCUCCGGCUGCUCACUGGUGUCUAUGUCCCUCAGAUCUUUAUGAACACAACUUGGCCUGAGAGCAUUCGAAAUCAUUUUGUCUCACAUCUGCACAGGUUCCUGGCCUGCCUGACAGACACUCGUUACAAACUGGAGGGGCACACUGUCCUCUACAUCCCCGCCGAAGCCAUGAACAUGAAGCCUGAGGUGGUGGUGAAGGACAAAGAGCUGGUGCAGCGGUUAGAGACCUCCAUGAUCCACUGGACCCGGCAGAUCAAGGAGGUGCUCAGUGCCCAGGAAUCGGUGGAGACAGGAGAAAACUUGGGUCCUCUGGAGGAGAUUGAGUUCUGGCACAACCGGUGCAUGGACCUGUCCGGCAUCAGCAAGCAGCUGGUGAAGCAGGGCGUGAAGCGCAUCGAGUCCAUCCUGCAGCUCGCCAAGUCGUCCUACCUAGCGCCCUUCCUGAAGCUGGCUCAGCAGAUCCAGGAUGGUUCUCGCCAAGCACAGUCCAACCUGACCUUCUUGUCGAUCCUGAGGGAACCCUACCAGGAGCUGGCUUUCAUGAAGCCUAAGGACAUCUCUGCCAAGCUCCCUCAUCUGAUCAGUCUCAUCCGCAUCAUCUGGGUCAACUCUCCACACUACAACACUCGGGAGAGACUGACCUCCCUCUUCCGGAAGGUAUGCGACUGUCAGUACCACUUUGCCCGUUGGGAAGAUGGCAAGCAAGGUCCCCUUCCUUGCUUCUUUGGUGCCCAGGGGCCUCAGAUCACACGGAACUUACUGGAAAUAGAGGACAUCUUUCAUAAAAAUUUACAAAUGCUGCGUGCUGUUCGUGGGGGCAUCCUGGAUGUCAAGAACACCUCUUGGCAUGAGGACUACAAUAAAUUCCGAGCCGGAGUCAAAGACCUGGAGGUGAUGACCCAGAACUUGAUCACCUCCGCCUUCGAGUUGGUUCGUGAUGUGGAGCAUGGCGUGCUGCUGCUGGAUACCUUCCACAGGCUUGCCAACCGCGAGGCCAUCAUGAGGACAUACGAGAAGAAGGCCGUGGAUCUCUACAUGCUGUUCAACAGUGAGUUAGCUCUGGUGAACCGCGAACUGAACAAGAAGUGGCCUCACCGGGAGCCCUACAUGGCUCAGUAUUCCAGCCAGGCGCACUGGGCCCGGAUCCUCCGCAGACGCAUCGACAGGGUCAUGAACUGCCUUUCUAAUGCCCAUUUCCUGCCCCACAUUGGAACUGGAGAGGAGACUGUACACACCUACCAGCAGAUGGUCCAAGCCAUCGACGAACUGGUUCGGAAAACCUUCCAAGAGUGGACAUCAGAACUGGACAAAGACUGCAUUCGGCGGCUGGACACACCACUAUUGCGAAUUAGCCAGGAGAAGGCGGGCAUGCUGGAUGUCAACUUUGACAAGACGCUCCUCAUCCUCUUCACGGAGAUUGACUACUGGGAGCGGCUGCUGUUUGAGACGCCCCACUACGUGAUGAACGUCGCCGAGCGCGCCGAGGACCUGCGCGUUCUGCGGGAGAACCUGCUGCUUGUGGCUCGAGACUAUAACAGGAUCAUUGCCAUGCUGUCCCCGGAUGAGCAGGCCCUGUUCAAAGAGCGCAUCCGAUUCCUAGAUAAGAAGAUCCACCCUGGACUCAAGAAGCUGAACUGGGCCCUGAAAGGAGCCAGCGCUUUCUUCAUCACAGAGUGCCGCAUACAUGCCAGCAAGGUGCAGAUGAUUGUGAAUGACUUCAAGGCCUCCACUCUGACCAUUGGCUGGCGGGCACAAGAGAUGUCAGAGACGCUGCUGGUACAAAUUUCUGGCAAACGGGUGUACAGGGAUCUGGAAUUUGAGGAAGCUCAAAAAGAACAUCGGGUGGCUGUCCAGCAGAAACUGAUGAGCUUGCACCAGGAUGUGGUGAACAUCAUGACCAGCUCCUACGAAGUCUUCAAGAACGAUGGCCCUGAGAUUCAGCAGCAGUGGCUGCUGUACAUGGUCCGGCUGGAUCACAUGAUGGAAGAUGCCUUACGCCUCAAUGUGAAAUGGUCACUGCUGGAACUGUCCAAGGCCAUCAAUGGUGAUGGGAAGACCACUCCAAACCCACUCUUCCAAGUCCUUGUCAUUUUACAGCAUGAUACUCAGGGAGGUGUGGCACAGGUGGAAUUCUCUCCUACUCUGAGCACUUUGGCAGGAGUAGUCAAUGACAUUGGCAACCACCUCUUUUCCACCAUCUCUGUCUUCCAACACCUCCCUGACAUCCUCAUGAAGCGUAGGAUGAAUCGAGAACCCAUCCAUAUCAUUGUGGAGCGAGAUGAGGACAUCAAGAAGAUCCAGGCUCAGAUCAGCAGUGGCAUGACCAACAACGCCAGUCUGCUGCAGAAUUAUCUUAAGACCUGGGACAUGUAUCGGGAGAUCUGGGAGAUCAACAAGGACUCCUUUAUUCGUCGUUACCAGCGCCUCAACCCCCCUGUGUCUUCUUUUGAUGCGGACAUUGCCCGCUACACGGAAGUGGCCAACAACGUGCAGAAGGAGGAGACGGUUCUGAACAUCCAGUUCGUGCUGCUGGACUGCUCGCACCUCAAGUUCUCGCUGGUGCAGCACUGCAACGAGUGGCAGAACAAGUUCACGACGCUGCUCAAGGAGAUGGCCGCUGGGCGCCUGCUGGAGUUGCACGAGUACCUGAAGGAGAACGCGGAGAAAAUCAGCCAUCCUCCCCAGACACUGGAGGAGCUGGGGGUCAGUUUGCAGCUCAUGGAGAGCCUGCAGCACAAUCUGGCCAACCUGGAGUCCCAGAUACCCCCCAUUCACGAGCAGUUUGCCAUUCUGGAAAAGUACGAAGUGCCAGUUCCAGACGACGUCCUGGAAAUGCUGGAGAGUCUCAACGGGGAGUGGGCCAUCUUUCAACAAACACUGCUGGACAGUGAACAAAUGCUGAAGAAACACAAGGAGAAAUUCAAGACGGGCCUUAUCCACUCUGCUGAUGACUUCAAGAAGAAAGCACGUAACCUCGUGGAAGACUUUGAGCUCAAAGGGCCCUUCACCAGCAGCGUGGGCUAUGGGGCCGCCCUGGAUCAGAUCGCGCAGGUGCGGGCCAUGCUGAUGAGCAUGAGAGAAGAGGAGAACACUCUUCGCUCCAACCUGGGCAUCUUCAAGAUUGAGCAGCCUAUGUCCAAGGACCUGCAGAACCUGGAGAAGGAGCUGGACGCGCUGCAGCAGGUCUGGGAGAUCACGCGAGACUGGGAGGAGAGCUGGAGCCAGUGGAAGACUGGCUGCUUCCUGACCCUGCAGACCGAGGCCAUGGAGACCACGGCCCAUGGGCUGUUUCGUCGCCUCACAAGACUAGCCAAGGAGUAUAAGGACCGAAACUGGGAGAUCAUUGAAACCACGCGCUCCAAAAUCGAGCAGUUCAAGAGGACCAUGCCUCUCAUCUCAGACCUGCGCAACCCCGCCCUCAGGCAGAGGCACUGGGACCAGGUCAAAGAUGAGAUCCAGCGGGAAUUUGAUCAGGAAUCUGAAAGCUUCACCUUGGAGCAGAUUGUCCAACUUGGGAUGGAUCAGCACGUGGAGAAAAUUGGGGAGAUCUCUGCGUCAGCAACCAAAGAGCUGGCCAUCGAAGUGGGGCUUCAGAACAUUGCCAGGACCUGGGAUGUGACUCAACUGGACAUAGUACCCUAUAAGGACAAGGGCCAUCACCGGCUCAGGGGCACAGAGGAAGUGUUCCAGGCUUUGGAGGAUAACCAGGUGGCUCUGUCAAGCAUGAAGGCUUCGCGUUUUGUCAAGGCCUUCGAGAAGGACGUGGACCUGUGGGAGCGCUGCCUGUCCCUCAUCUUGGAGGUCACGGAGAUGGUGCUCACGGUGCAGCGGCAGUGGAUGUACCUGGAGAACAUCUUCCUUGGAGAGGACAUCCGCAAGCAGCUGCCCAAUGAGUCGGCCAUGUUUGACCAGGUCAACAACAACUGGAGGACCAUCAUGGACCGCAUGAGCAAGGACAGCAACGCUCUGCGGUGCACCCACCACCCAGGCCUCCUGGACAAACUCACAGAAAUGAACACAAUCCUGGAGGACAUUCAGAAGUCCUUGGAUAUGUACCUGGAGACCAAGCGCCACAUAUUCCCUCGCUUCUACUUCCUGUCCAAUGAUGACCUGCUGGAGAUUCUGGGCCAGUCCCGCAACCCCGAGGCUGUACAGCCUCACCUCAAGAAGUGCUUUGACAACAUCAAGCUGCUGAAAAUGCAGAAGGUUGGGGGCUCCACUGGCAAAUGGGAAGCAGGGGGAAUGUUCUCAGGUGAUGGCGAGUACAUUGAUUUCCUCCAUGUGGUAUUUUUAGAAGGGCCUGUGGAGUCCUGGCUUAAUGAUGUGGAACGGGCCAUGAGGAUGACCCUGCGGGACCUGCUCCGGAACUGCCGCCUCGCCCUCAAGAAGUUCCUUACCAAAAGGGACAAAUGGGUCAAGGAAUGGGCUGGUCAGAUGGUGAUCGCCGCUAGCCAGAUCCAGUGGACAGCUGAUGUCACCAAGUGUCUACUGACAGCUAAGGAGCGGGCAGACAAGAAAAUCCUCAAGGUCAUGAAGAAGAAGCAGGUGUCAAUACUGAAUAAGUAUUCAGAAGCCAUCAGGGGGAACUUGACCAAGAUCAUGCGCCUGAAAAUUGUGGCUCUGGUGACAAUAGAAAUUCAUGCUCGUGACGUGCUGGAGAAGCUCUACAAGAGCGGACUCAUGGACGUCAGCUCUUUUGACUGGCUUAGCCAACUUCGGUUCUACUGGGAGAAAGUGUCCGAUGGACCAACUCCCUCCACUCUGACCCUAAAGCUGUCCAGCCAGGACCUCGAAGACUGUGUCAUCCGCCAGACCAACACACAGUUCCAGUAUGGCUACGAGUAUUUGGGAAACUCCGGCCGCCUGGUCAUCACUCCCCUGACGGACAGGUGUUACAUGACGCUGACCACAGCCCUGCACCUGCACCGAGGGGGGUCCCCCAAGGGCCCAGCAGGCACCGGAAAGACAGAGACGGUCAAGGACCUGGGCAAGGCUCUGGGCAUAUACGUUAUUGUGGUCAACUGCUCUGAGGGCCUAGACUAUAAGUCCAUGGGGCGAAUGUAUUCAGGCCUGGCACAGACCGGAGCCUGGGGCUGCUUCGAUGAGUUUAACCGCAUCAACAUCGAGGUGCUGUCAGUGGUGGCCCAGCAGAUCCUGUCCAUCCUGUCUGCCUUGACGGCCGGCCUUACCCGUUUCUACUUUGAAGGCUUUGAAAUCAAUCUGGUGUGGUCCUGUGGGAUCUUCAUCACCAUGAAUCCUGGUUAUGCUGGUCGUACAGAGCUCCCUGAAAAUCUUAAAUCCAUGUUCCGUCCAAUUGCCAUGGUGGUGCCUGAUUCUACCCUCAUUGCAGAAAUCAUCCUUUUUGGAGAAGGCUUUGGUAACUGCAAGAUCCUCGCCAAGAAGGUGUACACGCUUUACUCACUGGCCGUGCAGCAGCUCUCCAAACAGGACCACUAUGACUUCGGCCUCCGGGCGCUCACUUCUCUUCUGCGCUACGCGGGCAAGAAGCGCCGGCUACAGCCAGAUCUGUCUGAUGAAGAGGUUCUGCUACUGUCAAUGAGAGAUAUGAAUAUUGCCAAGCUCACAUCAGUUGAUGUGCCUCUGUUCAACGCCAUCGUGCAAGACCUUUUCCCCAGCGUGGAGCUCCCGGUCAUUGACUAUGGCAAGCUGCGGGAGACCAUCGAGCAAGAGAUUCGAGAGAUGGGCCUGCAAAGCACUCCCUUCACCCUCACCAAAGUGCUCCAGUUGUAUGAAACCAAGAACUCUCGCCACUCCACCAUGAUUGUGGGUGGCACCGGCAGUGGCAAGACGACCUCCUGGCGAAUCCUACAGGCCACCCUGUCCUCCCUGUGCCGUGCUGAAGAACCCAACUUCAACAUUGUUAGAGAGUUCCCUUUAAACCCUAAGGCGUUGUCGUUAGGGGAGUUAUAUGGAGAAUAUGACCUCAACACUAAUGAAUGGACUGACGGCAUCUUGUCGAGUGUCAUGCGGAACGCGUGUGCAGAUGAGAAACCAGAUGAGAAAUGGAUCCUUUUUGAUGGCCCCGUGGACACCUUGUGGAUUGAGAGCAUGAACUCGGUCAUGGAUGACAACAAGGUGCUAACCCUCAUCAAUGGAGAGCGCAUCGCCAUGCCUGAGCAGGUGUCUCUCUUAUUUGAAGUGGAGAACUUGGCAGUGGCCUCUCCAGCCACUGUCUCCCGCUGUGGGAUGGUCUAUACUGAUUAUAUCGACCUGGGCUGGAAGCCCUAUGUUCAGUCGUGGCUGGACAAGAGGCCAAAGAUGGAGGUGGAGCCCCUUCAACGCAUGUUUGAAAAGUUCAUCAACAAGAUGCUGGCUUUUAAGAAAGAUAACUGCAAUGAGCUAGUGCCCCUCCCGGAGUACAGUGGCAUCAUCUCCCUCUGCAAGCUCUACACGGUCCUGGCCACUCCAGAGAAUGGGGUGAAUCCAGCUGAUACUGAAAACCACACUGCCAUGGUAGAGAUGAUGUUUGUGUUCAGCAUGAUCUGGUCCGUGUGCGCCUCUGUGGAUGAGGACGGACGCAAGAAGAUUGACAGUUACCUUCGAGAAAUAGAGGGCUCCUUUCCCAAUAAGGACACGGUCUAUGAGUAUUUUGUGAACCCCAAGAUGCGGACUUGGACAUCAUUUGAGGAGAAACUCCCUAAGAGUUGGCGUUACCCUCCAAACGCCCCCUUCUAUAAGAUCAUGGUGCCCACUGUUGACACUGUUCGCUACAACUAUCUGGUAAGCACGCUGGUGGCCAACCAGAAUCCUGUCCUGCUGGUGGGUCCUGUGGGGACUGGGAAGACCUCCAUAGCACAGAGCGCUCUUCAGUCUCUGCCCUCCAGCCAGUGGUCGGUGCUCAUUGUCAACAUGUCUGCGCACACCACAUCCAACAAUGUCCAAAGCAUCAUUGAGAGCAGAGUGGAGAAGCGAACCAAGGGUGUGUAUGUGCCAUUUGGGGGCAAAAGCAUGAUCACGUUUAUGGAUGAUCUAAACAUGCCAGCUAAGGAUAUGUUUGGGUCCCAGCCACCCCUGGAGCUGAUGCGCCUCUGGAUUGACUAUGGCUUCUGGUAUGAUCGUCUGAAACAGACCAUCAAGUACAUUCGAGACAUGUUCCUCAUGGCUGCCAUGGGUCCUCCUGGGGGCGGACGGACCGUCAUCUCCUCAAGGCUACAGAGUCGCUUCAACAUUAUCAACAUGACCUUCCCUACUGAAUCCCAGAUCAUCCGUAUAUUUGGCACCAUGAUUAACCAGAAGCUUCAGGACUUUGAGGAAGAGGUGAAGCCCAUUGGGAAUGUGUUGACUGAGGCCACCCUCGACGUGUACAACACGGUAGUACAGCGCUUCCUGCCCACACCUGCCAAGAUCCACUACCUCUUCAACCUACGAGACAUCUCCAAGGUUUUCCAGGGCAUGCUUAGAGCUAACAAGGACUUCCAUGACACCAAGUCUAGCAUCACACGACUCUGGAUUCAUGAGUGUUUCAGAGUCUUCUCUGACCGACUAGUUGAUGCAACAGACAUGGAAGCCUUCAUGGGCAUCUUAAGCGACAAACUUGGCACCUUCUUUGACCUCACAUUUCAUAAUCUCUGUCCCAACAAACGUCCUCCUAUCUUUGGGGACUUCCUGAGGGAGCCCAAGGUCUACGAAGACUUGACAGACCUGACCGUCCUGAAGACUGCCAUGGAGACAGCGCUGGAGGAGUACAACCUGUCUCCUGCCGUCGUGCCGAUGCAGCUGGUGCUGUUCCGGGAAGCCAUUGAGCACAUCACACGGAUUGUGCGGGUAAUUGGACAGCCUCGGGGCAACAUGCUCUUGGUGGGCAUUGGGGGCAGUGGACGCCAGAGUCUGGCCCGGCUGGCCUCAUCCAUCUGCGAGUACAGCACAUUCCAGAUUGAGGUCACCAAGUACUAUCGUAAACAGGAGUUCCGAGAUGAUAUCAAGCGUCUGUAUCGCCAGGCGGGGGUAGAACUCAAGACCACGUCCUUCCUUUUUGUGGACACCCAAAUUGCUGAUGAAUCCUUCCUGGAGGACAUUAACAACAUCCUCAGCUCAGGCGAAGUCCCCAACCUCUACAAGCCUGACGAGUUUGAAGAGAUCCAGGUCCAAAUCAUAGAACAGGCCCGGGCAGAGCAGGUGCCUGAAUCCUCGGACAGCCUCUUUGCCUACCUCAUUGAGCGGGUGCGGAACAACCUGCAUAUCGUGCUCUGCCUCAGCCCCGUGGGGGACCCCUUCAGGAACUGGAUCCGCCAGUACCCGGCCUUGGUGAACUGCACAACUAUCAACUGGUUCUCAGAGUGGCCCCGAGAGGCCUUGCUGGAGGUGGCUGAGAAAUACCUCGUGGGAGUGGACUUGGGGACACAGGAAAACAUCCACAGAAAGGUGGCUCAGAUCUUUGUCACCAUGCACUGGUCCGUAGCUCAGUACUCCCAGAAGAUGCUUUUGGAGCUGCGACGAUACAACUACGUCACGCCCACCAACUACCUGGAGCUUGUGUCUGGAUAUAAAAAGCUUCUGGGAGAAAAACGGCAGGAGCUGCUGGACCAAGCCAAUAAGCUACGCACUGGGUUGUUCAAGAUCGAUGAAACUAGGGAAAAGGUAGAAGUGAUGUCCUUGGAGCUUGAGGAUGCCAAGAAGAAGGUGGCUGAGUUCCAGAAACAGUGUGAGGAGUACUUGGUCAUCAUUGUGCAGCAGAAGCGAGAAGCCGAUGAGCAGCAGAAGGCGGUAACAGCCAACAGUGAAAAGAUUGCUGUUGAGGAAGUGAAGUGUCAGGCACUGGCAGACAAUGCCCAGAAGGACCUGGAGGAGGCUCUGCCUGCUCUGGAAGAAGCCAUGCGGGCCCUGGAGUCUCUGAACAAGAAAGAUAUAGGUGAGAUCAAGUCUUAUGGACGGCCCCCGGCCCAGGUGGAGAUGGUAAUGCAGGCAGUCAUGAUCCUUCGGGGCAAUGAGCCCACAUGGACAGAAGCUAAACGGCAGCUAGGGGAACAGAACUUCAUCAAGUCCCUGAUCAACUUUGAUAAAGACAAUAUCUCAGAUAAGGUGCUGAAAAAGAUUGGAGCCUAUUGUGCCCAGCCAGACUUUCAGCCUGAUAUCAUCGGCCGAGUCUCGCUAGCUGCCAAGUCCCUGUGCAUGUGGGUGCGGGCCAUGGAGCUGUAUGGGAGGUUGUACCGCGUGGUGGAGCCUAAGCGGAUGCGCAUGAACGCCGCCCUGGCCCAGCUUCAGGAGAAGCAAGCAGCCCUCGCCGAGGCCCAGGAAAAGCUGCGAGAGGUGGCAGAAAAACUGGAGAUGCUGAAGAAGCAGUAUGAUGAGAAGCUGGCACAGAAGGAGGAGCUUCGCAAGAAGUCUGAGGAGAUGGAGCUGAAGCUGGAGCGGGCUGGCAUGCUGGUGUCCGGGCUGGCCGGGGAGAAGGCCCGCUGGGAGGAGACGGUGCAGGGCCUGGAGGAGGAUCUGGGUUACCUGGUGGGUGACUGUCUCCUGGCAGCUGCCUUCCUGUCCUACAUGGGACCCUUCCUGACCAACUACCGGGAUGAGAUUGUCAACCAAAUCUGGAUCAAGAAGAUCUGGGAGCUUCAGGUCCCUUGCUCACCUCGCUUUGCCAUUGACAACUUCUUAGCCAAUCCCACCAAAGUUCGGGACUGGAACAUCCAAGGCCUGCCAUCAGACGCCUUCUCCACUGAGAAUGGCAUCAUAGUCACCCGGGGCAACAGGUGGGCCCUCAUGAUCGACCCUCAGGCCCAGGCCCUGAAGUGGAUCAAGAACAUGGAAGGAGACCAGGGCCUGAAGAUCAUCGACCUGCAGAUGAGAGAUUACCUUCGAAUCCUAGAAACAGCCAUCCAGUUUGGGUAUCCGGUGCUCCUCCAGAAUGUGCAGGAAUAUCUGGACCCCUCACUCAACCCUGUGCUCAACAAAUCUGUAGCUCGAAUUGGUGGCCGAAUGCUGAUGCGCAUUGGCGACAAAGAGGUGGAAUACAACACCAACUUCCGCUUUUACAUCACCACCAAGCUCUCCAACCCCCACUACAGCCCAGAGACCUCGGCGAAGACCACCAUUGUCAACUUUGCUGUCAAGGAGCAGGGGCUGGAGGCCCAGCUGCUGGGUAUUGUGGUUCGGAAGGAGCGGCCUGAGCUGGAAGAACAGAAGGAUUCCUUGGUCAUCAACAUUGCUGCUGGCAAGAGGAAACUCAAGGAACUAGAGGAUGAGAUCCUCCGCUUGCUGAACGAGGCCACAGGUUCACUGCUGGAUGAUGUGCAGCUGGUGAACACCCUGCGGACAUCCAAGAUAACAGCCACGGAGGUGACGGAGCAGCUGGAGACCAGUGAGACCACGGAGAUCAACAUUGACUCAGCCCGGGAGGCUUACCGCCCAUGCGCCCAGCGGGCCUCCGUGCUGUUCUUUGUGCUUAAUGACAUGGGCCGCAUUGACCCCAUGUACCAGUUCUCCCUGGACGCCUACAUCAGCCUCUUCAUCCUCAGCAUCGACAAGAGCCAUCGCAGCACCAAGCUGGAGGACCGCAUUGACUACUUGAAUGACUACCACACCUACGCCGUCUACAGGUACACCUGCCGCACCCUGUUUGAACGCCACAAGCUACUGUUCAGUUUUCAUAUGUGUGCCAAAAUCCUGGAGACUUCUGGCAAGCUCAACAUGGACGAGUACAACUUCUUUCUGCGUGGGGGCGUGGUCCUUGAUCGAGAGGGUCAAAUGGAUAAUCCAUGUACUAGCUGGCUGGCAGAUGCCUACUGGGAUAAUAUCACAGAGCUGGAUAAACUGACCAACUUCCAUGGCCUCAUGAACUCCUUUGAGCAGUAUCCUCGGGACUGGCACCUGUGGUAUACCAAUGCUGCCCCUGAGAAGGCCAUGCUGCCAGGUGAGUGGGAGAAUGCCUGCAACGAGAUGCAGCGGAUGCUGAUUGUGCGCUCCCUGCGCCAGGACCGCGUGGCCUUCUGCGUUACCGCGUUCAUCGUCUCCAACCUUGGCUCCCGCUUCAUCGAGCCACCCGUGCUGAACAUGAAGUUGGUGCUGGAGGACUCCACGCCGCGAUCGCCGCUUGUGUUCAUCCUGUCCCCGGGCGUGGACCCCACCAGUGCCCUACUGCAGCUGGCAGAGCACACGGGAAUGGCCCAGCGUUUCCAUGCCUUGUCCCUGGGCCAGGGCCAGGCCCCCAUUGCUGCCCGACUCCUCCGAGACGGUGUGGUUCAGGGGCACUGGGUGUUCCUGGCAAACUGCCACCUGUCGCUGUCGUGGAUGCCUAAUCUGGACAAACUGGUGGAACAGCUGCAGGUGGAGGACCCUCACCCUUCCUUCCGCCUCUGGCUCAGCUCCAGCCCCCACCCCGACUUCCCCAUCUCCAUCUUGCAGGCCAGCAUCAAGAUGACCACAGAGCCACCUAAGGGUCUGAAGGCCAACAUGACACGUCUUUACCAACUGAUGACUGAACCACAGUUUAGCCGCUGCUCCAAACCUGCCAAGUACAAGAAGCUGCUGUUUGCAUUGUGUUUCUUCCACUCUGUGCUACUGGAGCGCAAGAAAUUCUUGCAGCUUGGCUGGAACAUUAUCUAUGGCUUCAAUGACUCUGACUUUGAGGUGUCAGAGAACCUGCUGAGCCUUUAUCUGGAUGAGUACGAGGACACGCCCUGGGACGCACUCAAAUAUCUCAUCGCUGGAGUCAAUUACGGGGGACAUGUCACAGAUGACUGGGACCGGCGCCUGCUCACGACCUACAUCAAUGACUAUUUUUGUGACCAGUCUCUAACAACUCCCUCUUAUCGGUUGUCUGUGCUGGAGACAUACUUCAUCCCCAAGGAUGGAAGCCUGGCCUCUUACAAAGAAUACAUCAGCUUACUGCCCAGCAUGGACCCCCCUGAGGCUUUUGGCCAGCACCCCAAUGCUGACGUGGCCUCCCAGAUCACUGAGGCCCGAACCCUCUUUGAAACUCUGCUUUCCUUGCAACCCCAGAUUACACCCAUCAAGGUUGGUGGCCAGAGCCGGGAAGAGAAGGUAUUGGAGUUGGCUACAGACGUGAAGCAAAAGAUCCCUGAGAUGAUUGACUAUGAGGGUACCCGCAAGCUGCUGGCUCUUGACCCCUCCCCACUCAAUGUGGUCCUCCUUCAGGAGAUCCAGAGAUACAACAAGCUGAUGGAAACCAUCCUGUUGUCCCUGACAAACCUAGAGAAGGGCAUCCAAGGCCUUAUAGUCAUGUCGACCAGCCUGGAAGAGAUUUUCAAUUGUAUCUUUGACGCCCACGUUCCUCCACUCUGGGGAAAGGCAUAUCCCUCACAAAAGCCGCUGGCUUCAUGGACCCGGGACCUGGCUGUGCGCGUAGAGCAGUUUGAGCUGUGGGCUAGCCGAGCCCGGCCUCCCGUGCUUUUCUGGCUGUCUGGCUUCACCUUUCCCACUGGCUUCCUCACGGCUGUGCUGCAGUCAGCAGCUCGUCAAAACAAUAUUUCGGUGGAUAUCCUCUCCUGGGAGUUCAUCGUUUCCACUGUGGAUGACAGCAACCUAGUAUAUCCACCCAAGGAUGGUGUCUGGGUUCGUGGACUAUUCCUGGAAGGUGCUGGUUGGGACCGAAAGAACUCCUGCUUAGUGGAGGCCGAGCCCAUGCAGCUGGUGUGCCCUAUGCCCACAAUCCACUUCCGCCCUGCAGAGAGUCGAAAGAAGAGUGCCAAGGGCAUGUAUUCCUGUCCCUGCUAUUACUAUCCGAACCGGGCAGGCAGCACGGACCGAGCCUCCUUUGUCAUUGGCAUCGAUCUGCGGUCUGGGGCCAUGACGUCUGAUCACUGGAUAAAGAGGGGCACGGCUCUACUCAUGAGCCUGGACAGUUGAGGAGGCCCCUCUUCUCUGCUUGAGAGGGUUGGGGGUCUAGGCACUUAGGCUCCUAACACCUUGGACUAAAGCUGGAGAGGCUUUGACUGGUGGCUACAUGUGGCUUGCCUUGGCGAUACCGAGUGGCGCUAGCCACAAAUGUGGACGUGUUGUACAAGACCUAAAUCUCUCAACUGGAA